AGAUGGGAUUGAAAGCUAAGAUUUUGUGGUCCAGAGCUAAGCUCCAGACCUGGUCUCCUGAAAAAGAGGGCCUGUCAUAUGCUGAUUUUUCUGGGAUACUGCACUGGAAAUUGAGGCAGCACCUAUUGGUGGGGAAACACACACACACACACACACACUGCUUUACAUCAGAAGACCCGAAGAUUGGAAGGAACCCAACUCAACUAGAAUCUUUCUCUGCAGGACCAGACAAUACACAAUCUGCAACAUGUCCUCCAUGUUUGAGAAUAUUAGUAAGAAUUUGGUCAAAGAGCUCGGAGACAAAGACCUGACACCUGUGAAACACCUGCUGAACGCCAACAAAUUCCGUCAGUUUGCAAUUUUACGGAAGAAAAAGAAGACUCUCUCACAGUUCUGGGAACUACCUGAUAUUCCAGUAGAAUACACCCUCAUGGACAUCCUGGAGCCAAGUUCUUCAGUCCCAGAAACUGUUAUCAAGGGACCAUUUAUCUUCAGUGACACCAUGUUCCGGAAGUACAAGGCUUCUGCAGGUGUGACUGCCAUGCUAGAAACGAAUGUGUCAGGGGAAGCUACGAAGUGCCAUGAAACCUUCCUCCAGUUUCACGCUGUUACCUUCCCACCCCAAAACUGGAAAGACCUUCUAAAGAGGAAAGUGUUGGAUCAGGAGCUGCUGUUUCUGAGGAAGUGCCGGGGCAGAGAUGACAAUCUCUAUGUGGUGACAGAGGCCGUGGAGCUGAUCAACAGCACUGUGUUGCAUGACAGCAGCAGUGUGAACGUUUUGGGAAAAUGCUUUAUCCCUUGGACGACUUCUGUCAAGGGUCAAGGCCAGGGAGAGGGUCUCAAAGUGAGAGAGAAGAUGUUGACUCUGCCAGAGGGCACCGUGAUCGCCUAUAAGAAGAAGCAGCUGAUUUUCGAGAACAAUGGCUGGGCUGCCAGGCUGGCUGUGGAGGAGGAAGCCUGGGGGCUGCGGGCAGGGGCUGGGAAACGGUCCAGCAGGAUCAACCUCAGCUCUCCUGGCCUGGCUUCUUCCCACCCAGACAUCCUCAUCUCAGAUGACGACACGCAGAAAACCUUUCCAGAAGCACUUCUCUUUCUCUUUCCAGAGAGAAUGCUGCAAAAGGUGAAGACAUCAAUUGCUGUGAACAAUGGUCCCCUGUACCCAUUGAGUGUAUCUGAUGUCAGGAAGCCUCUGGAUCUUGUGCUGCACUCACCUGGAAGAAUACAGAGAGUCCUUUGGCAAGAUUUCAAGCAACUACAUGAGGAGAUUUUCCAGGAAAUGGAGGCCUUGGCCCAGCUCUCAAAGGACACUCAGGAUUCUAUAUUCCAUACUAUCCUGAACAUGCUUGGGAACCGAGAGGCUCUGCAGGACCUCACGGACACGCUGGAUGGGAGCCCCUUAGAUCUUCUGGAUGACUUUGGGGGCACAAUCCUAAAUGAGAUGCAACCGGACACAAGAGACCUAUGGAUCCAGGCAAGAUUCCACAUCAUCUACCUCCUUGAAGCCAUAAUGGUGUUGAGUGACACCCAACAUGAUCUGCUGGCCCAGUCCAUGGAAAAGAGGAUCCUGCUCCAGCAGCAGAAGCUGGUAAGGAGCAUCCUGGAGCCCAACUUCAAAUACUGCUGGGACAUCCCCUUCACCCUCAAACCCGAGCUCCUUGCCCCACUCCAGGGUGAGGAUUUGGCCAUCACCUAUGGCCUCCUGGAGGAGUGUGGGCUGAAAAUGGAACUGAAUAGCCCCAGGUCAACCUGGGAUCUGGAAACCAAGCAGCCCCUGUCUGCCCUGUAUGGGACCCUGUCGUUGCUGCAGCAGCUGGCAGGCAGUCCAGAGAGGCCUGGCCCCACUCCAGCCUAUGCUGAGAGUGUCCCUGAUGAGCUCAGGGGGCGUCUAAGGCCACCACGUCUGCCGUUCUAGGCAGGAUGGAGCCAGGGAUCGGUGGAAACUUGAGAGAAUGUUCUGAGGUGAUAGAAAUAUCUGUAUCUUGAUAAAGGUUUAUGCAAUUGUCAAAACUCAUCGAAUAGUAUCUAAAGAUGCGAGCCUGGGUGGUUCAUUGGAUGAGCAUCCGACCUUAGCUCAGGUCAUGAUUUCACAGUUUGUGACUUUAAGCCCUGCUAUGGGCUCUGUGCUGUCAGAGCCUGCUUGGGAUCUUUGGACCCCUCUCUCUCUGCCCUUCUCCUGCUCAUGCUCUCUCAAAAAUAAACAUUAAAAAAAAAUGUGAGCAUUUCACUAUAUAUAAAUGCUACUCCAAAACGAUGUAAAAAUAUAUUUACUCUAGGUAACAAUAUGCAUUCUGAAUUGUUUGGGGUGAGGCUGAUAUCUGUAACUCACUUUGAAAUGUAUCAAAAAAUAAAAUAAUGAACAGAGAGACAGAUCAUCACCAAGAUUAGAUGGUAAGAUGUUAAAAAUGAGAGGGUUUUUUUCCAUUCUUAAAACAUUUUCUUAUGUCCAGAAUUGCUUCAAAAAAU